CUACCACCUUUCGUGCAACCUCCUGUUGAAGCUAUUUUUGUCCUAAAAGCGUGAUCCGCUUUUAGGCGCAUGCCAAGUCGAAGACAUGACAUGCACUUAGGAAUUUGCGAGUAGAGUGAGGUAUCGACUGACCAUGACGAAGGAUCUCCACCCGCUGAGCAUGCGACGGACGAUGGUCAAGAGCACUAUCGGUCAUGUCCAGCGCACGACCUACGACUUGCCGGACGCCAAGAACCCGAAUCACGUCUAUGGCUACGAGAUUCCGCGAGACCCGGAGAAUGCCGGCCAGGUGAUUGGCAAGUGGGUACAGGCAACACCGUCACCGGCGACCACGACCGGACGCAGCUUCAUUGAAACCAACCGCCAGGCUAUCAUUCACGGAUGCGUGAGCGCAGGAGAAAACCGCAGGUAUGCUAACGAACACCCCGGCAUCGUGGUAAAACCUGCGGCGAAGUGCAAAGGCGGCUUCGUGCCCACGAACGAUACCAUUUACGGCAUCAAGUCAAAAGAGUCCGAAGACAUUUGGGGUCUGGUGCAGGCCAGAUACACUUCGUUCAGCAACGACGAUGCCUACUACCCGGAUCUUGGUUCCAUGAAGACCAGAGGAAAACUACCAUUGCCUCGAGAAACCCGCUGCUCUGUUGGCAAAGACAUCCGCAAUUAUCCCAGGGCUUCCCCGCGGGAUCCCUUCAAGAUGUCCAAAUUCAAAGCCGUCGGACCCACUAUGUACACGCAACCCAACGCUCGCAAACAGGAACCAACAGAAGAAGAAGAAUACCAGAGUCAUUAUGCAGACAGCGACCACACGGAGGAUAACUGACCUCUUCAAGUUGAAAACAUUUUUCUAUUUCAACUUCAUCAAUGAAAAGCCUUCUUAUUGGUCAAUAAAAUUCAAACUAUCAACCAA